GGGCUCUCCCUCCCUCCCUCCCUCCCUCUCUCAUUGUGAAUUGGAAGCCUCUCGGUGACGGAUUUUUGUCGUGGGACGAGGGAUGCUCUCUUCUCAUUUAGAGGGUUCAUGGCUGCAGGGAAGUGUGGUUGUUAUUUUCAGCAUUGAUUGGGUUCUUCUUCUUCUUCUUCUUUUUUUUUUUUUUUUUUUUUUUUGCGAAAUAAGGAUACUGUUGUAAUGAAUUCAGUCAAUGGUGUUGUUCGUAGUCGUUGUUGUCGUUGUAGGCAGUAAACCAUGGGAAUUGUAAGAGGUUGGACGUGCUUCUCUGCAACCUGUGUAUGAGUGGAAUUUGGACCCGUCUGCAGAUUACCCAGGUAUUGGGUUCGAGAGAAGUAGGAUUUCGCAAUUUUUUGUUUUGAAGCUGAUAAGAGAAGAUCUGUACGCCAUUGAUUCUUUCGGAGUUAAAUUGACAGAGUUCGACAUUGUCUUUGUUGCUGACGAGGUAGACGGUUGGAGUAGUGGGUUUUGAAGAUGGAGAUGCGGAUACGGCCUCGGCAGUGCUCGGUGGUUGUGAUUACAUUUGUGGCUCUGUUUCUGGUUGGAACCAAACCUUCUGCAAGUCAUCCUUAUGCUUACAUUGAAAAUGGUGAGCGGCUUCGGAGUGAGACCAUUACACGAAAGCUAUCAAGAAUCCAUAUCACGCAUUUCACCAAUGGAAAACUGGCAUCCUUGGGGAUUUUAGACACUAAUGGAGGAUUUCUUUCUGACAUUGUCGCAUUCGGCGAUGAAGCUGAAGUUGACUUAGAUGUGGAUGUUGGAGAUGUCUCAGAACGUUUUUCAUUAUCGAGCUUAGAAAGCAAUAGAACUUUCAAAUCGUACAAUUUUGAUGUCUGUGCUCAUGGGUGGAAGGAUUAUAUACCCUGCCUUGAUAAUGCUGGCGGCAUUAGCGAGUUGAAAUCGAACACAAGGGGUGAAAUCUGGGAGCGGCAUUGUCCCCGAAGAGGCAGCAUGUGCUGUUUGAUUGGUGCACCGCUUAACUACAAACUCCCAAUCAGAUGGCCAAAAAGCAGCAGUGAGAUUUGGUACAACAAUGUUCCACAUGCGCAGCUACUGGCUGACAAGAGUGGAGAGAACUGGAUCAAACUUGACAAGGACAGGAUUCGAUUUCCUAGCGGUGACAUUCAAUCUGAAAAUAGAGUUCAUCAAUACCUGGACCAUAUCAGUGAAAUGCUACCCACCAUCGGCUAUGGGCGCCGGACACGUGUUGCUCUUGAUAUCGGCUGUGGUGUAGCCAGCUUCGGAGCCUACUUGUUUGAUCGUGAUGUAAUUACCCUCUCUAUAGCCCCAAAAGAUGGCCAUGAAAGCCAGUUUGCGCUGGAACGUGGUGUACCAGCUCUAGUUGCUGUUCUGGCAACACGCCGGCUUCUUUUUCCGAGCCAAGCUUUUGAUCUAAUCCAUUGUUCCGGCUGUCAAAUUAAUUGGAAUCGUGAUGAUGGUAUUUUGCUUAUAGAGGUAGACCGCGUGCUCAGAGCUGGUGCGUACUUUGUGUGGUCGCCCCAAGAGCACCAGGAAAAUGUGUGGAGAGAAAUGGAGGAUCUGGCAAAACACCUGUGUUGGGAGCAAGUUGGAAAAGAUGGGCAAGUUGGCAUCUGGCGCAAGCCUUUGAAUCAUUCUUGCUUAAAGAGUCGGUCAUCGGACGUGCUGUGUGAUCCAAGUGUUAAUCCUGACGAAACCUGGUAUGUUUCGCUGCAAUCUUGCUUAACUCUGCUUCCUGAAAAUGGACUCGGUGGGGAUCUUCCCGAAUGGCCCGCCAGAUUAUCAACUCCUCCUCGCAGACUUGAGACCAUUGUCAUGGAUGCUACACAAGCAAGAUCCUACGUUUUCAAAUCAGAUCAGAGAUAUUGGCAUGUUGUGGUGGAGGGGUACCUUCGAGGUUUGGGUCUUCACAAAGAAGAUUUCCGGAAUAUAAUGGACAUGCGAGCUAUGUAUGGAGGAUUUGCAGCAGGAUUGGUGGACCAGAAAGUGGACUGGUGGGUCAUGAAUGUUGUUCCCAUCAGUGGACAAAAUACUUUGCCAGUUAUCUUCGAUCGGGGACUUAUUGGCGUUUCACACGAUUGGUGCGAGCCUUUUGACACGUAUCCAAGGACUUAUGAUCUGUUGCAUGCUGUUGGGCUCUUAACUCAAGAAGAUAAAAGGUGUAACAUCGCUCACAUAGUGCUGGAAAUGGACCGCAUUCUGCGACCUGGUGGCUGGGUGCUAGUGCGGGAGACCAACGAUAUGGUCUACCGUGUGGAGGCAUUGGCCAAAUCUGUGCGAUGGAAGACUCGAAUUCUAGAGACAGAGAGUGGUCCCUUCGGCAAAGAUAAGCUUCUGUCGUGUCAAAAACCUCUCUGGCAUUCGUAGUGUAAAGCUGUUAGAGCAGAGCACCGCUUAUGUAGUUCCCCAUUUCUAGUUAAAUCAAUAGCUAAGUCUUCUAGGUGAAAUUAAUUGUAUAGACGCGGCUAGAAAUUCAGUCUCCAACAGUUCAAAUUCAGGUCUACAACUCAAUUGCAAUCUGUCUCUUGAGGACUAAUGCUCAAUUAAUGGGUCGCUCUCAUAUAGUUGUGAAUGCUGCGUUGCUCAAGGAAGACAUUGUAUGAAGAAUUUAUAUAAAAUUCCACCUCUGAUGCAUACUUACAACA